AUGUUCUUCUUCCGGCUGCGGCCCUACAUCGCAUCUGUCAAGAUGAACCUGUGCGGUGAGCAGCAUUCUUUGGCUGGCCCUUCUGGUGCUAUGAGCACAAUCCUGCCCGCCGUGGAUGCACUGCUCGGGAUUCGGAACACUUCGGCCGAACUUCGCGAAGCAGUAAAGGCAUUCGAGUGCUAUAUCCCCAAGGCACACAGAGACUUCUUGGAUGACUUGCGCAACGCUCCAAGCAGCGUUCGUAGCUUCAUCGAAGACAGCAAGGCCACUCUGGAAGAGAGCAUGUGGUAUGCGCUGGCUGGUGCUUUUAACGCAUGUAUCUCGAGAGUGUUGGACUUCAGAUGGAGGCAUUGGAGCUUCGUCGAGCAGUUCAUCAUUCGUCCAUCGGCUGCCGGCAACCAGCUGAAUGCAUCGGUUUGCCCCAUGGGGAUGUCGCCAGAAUCUGAUACUCCAUCAAACGCUCAUCAGGCUCCCAUAUAUGGCACGGGCGGAACGACUUUCGACUAUUUGCAGCAGCACAUCUCAGAUUCCCAAAUGGCUAGAAUCCACCUUGGCCCGAAAGGCCGGGAGCAAUGA